GACGGUUAGUGUGGCCCUCGUGUUGUGUCUUAAUGUUGGAGUUGACCCACCGGAUGUGGUGAAAACCACCCCAUGUGCUCGACUAGAGUGUUGGAUUGAUCCUCUGGCAAUGGGUCCCCAGAAAGCUCUGGAAACCAUCGGGGCCAACCUGCAGAAGCAAUAUGAGAACUGGCAGCCACGGGCUCGGUACAAGCAGAGUCUGGAUCCCACUGUAGAUGAAGUGAAGAAGCUCUGCACUUCCCUGAGGAGGAAUGCCAAGGAAGAGAGGGUGCUUUUCCACUAUAAUGGGCAUGGAGUCCCUCGCCCCACCGUCAAUGGAGAGAUCUGGGUUUUCAAUAAGAAUUACACACAGUACAUCCCCCUCUCCAUCUAUGACCUUCAGACCUGGAUGGGGAGCCCUUCCAUAUUUGUGUACGACUGCUCCAAUGCCGGCCUCAUCGUCAAGUCGUUCAAGCAGUUUGCACUGCAGAGGGAACAGGAGCUGGAGGUUGCUGCUAUUAAUCCCAGUCACCCACUGGCACAGAUGCCAUUGCCGCCUUCCAUGAAGAAUUGCAUCCAGUUGGCUGCCUGUGACGCCGAUGAGUUGUUACCCAUGAACCCCGACCUUCCCGCUGAUCUUUUCACCUCCUGCCUCACCACGCCAAUCAAAAUAGCACUACGGUGGUUUUGUAUGCAGAAAAGUGUCAAACUUGUUCCUGGCGUGACUCUGGACCUUAUUGAGAAGAUUCCUGGCCGUUUGAAUGACAGGAGGACGCCCCUUGGUGAGCUGAACUGGAUCUUCACAGCAAUUACUGACACUAUAGCAUGGAACGUGCUGCCACGAGACUUGUUCCAGAAGUUGUUCCGCCAAGACCUCCUGGUGGCCAGCCUGUUCCGCAACUUCCUACUGGCCGAGAGGAUAAUGAGGUCGUAUAACUGCACGCCCGUGAGCAGCCCCAGGUUGCCCCCUACGUACAUGCACGCCAUGUGGCAGGCGUGGGAUCUCGCUGUAGACAUAUGUCUUUCCCAGUUACCCACCAUCAUUGAGGAGGGGACUGCAUUCCGGCACAGCCCGUUCUUUGCCGAGCAGCUGACGGCGUUUCAGGUCUGGUUGACCAUGGGGGUGGAGAACAGGAACCCUCCGGAGCAGCUGCCCAUCGUCCUACAGGUGUUACUAAGUCAGGUCCAUCGUCUCAGAGCCCUGGACCUGCUGGGAAGAUUCUUGGACCUGGGGCCGUGGGCGGUGAGCCUGGCUCUGUCGGUUGGCAUCUUCCCCUAUGUCCUGAAACUUCUGCAGAGCUCGGCACGCGAGCUGCGGCCACUGCUGGUGUUCAUCUGGGCUAAGAUCCUAGCGGUGGACAGUUCUUGUCAAGCAGACUUGGUGAAGGAUAACGGGCACAAAUAUUUUCUCUCAGUUUUGGCAGACCCCUACAUGCCGGCUGAGCACCGCACAAUGACCGCAUUCAUUCUGGCUGUGAUAGUGAAUAACUACACCACCGGGCAGGAAGCCUGUCUACAAGGAAACUUGAUUGCCAUCUGCCUCGAACAACUUAAUGACCCGCACCCGCUGCUCCGUCAGUGGGUUGCUAUCUGCCUGGGCCGAAUCUGGCAGAACUUUGACUCUGCGCGCUGGUGUGGAGUGAGAGAUAGCGCCCAUGAGAAGCUUUACAGCCUCCUGUCUGACUCUAUACCUGAGGUUCGCUGUUCUGCAGUCUUCGCUCUUGGGACCUUUGUGGGGAACUCUGCGGAGAGGACGGAUCACUCCACAACAAUUGAUCACAAUGUGGCCAUGAUGUUGGCACAGCUCAUCAAUGAUGGCAGCGCAAUGGUUCGCAAGGAGCUGGUUGUCGCUCUCAGUCACUUAGUUGUACAAUAUGAAAGCAAUUUCUGCACAGUCGCUCUUCAGUUCAUAGAGGAGGAGAAGAACUACCACCUAUUGUCUCCUGCUGCCACGGAGGCAGGUAACCUGACUCCUGUGCGCGAAGCUCCCAGCACCCCUCGCUUGAGAUCGGUCAGUUCCUAUGGGAACAUCCGGGCAGUGACGACCCCUCGAAACUUAAACAAGUCUUUACAAAACCUCAGUCUGACUGAAGAAGGGGGAGCACCUGUAGCUUUCUCUCCUGGGAAUCUCAGCACCAGCAGCAGCGCCAGCAGCACCCUGGGGAGCCCAGACAACGAGGAGUACAUUUUGUCUUUCGAGACCAUUGACAAGAUGAGACGAGUCAGUUCUUACUCUUCUCUCAAUUCAUUAAUAGGUGUCUCCUUCAAUAGUGUGUAUACUCAGAUAUGGAGAGUUCUUCUUCACCUCGCAGCCGACCCGUACCCAGAUGCAUCUGACCUGGCCAUGAGAGUGCUGAACUGUAUAGCAUACAAGGCCACCAUCAGCACCCGCCCACAGCGCAUUUUGGACGCUGCUUCCCUCACGCAGUCCGCUCCGGCCAGCCCUACUAAUAAGGGGAUGCACAUCCACCAAGUUGGGGGGUCGCCUCCAACUCCCAGCGCCAGCAGCUCAAGUCUUACAAAUGAUGUCCCGAAACCUGCUGUCAAUAGGGAGUUGCCUUCUGCCCGGCCUGCCAACGUUGGGGGGAAUAUUGGGGUACAGUAUACUCCACAUUCCCACCAGUUUCCCCGAACCCGCAAGAUGUUUGACAAAGGUCCAGAUCAGCCUGCUGAAGAUGGGGACGACGCCAUUGUCCAUAAGGGCUUCCUUUCGGGGUCGCUGCAGACUGGCUUCUGUGACUGGAGCGCUAAGUAUUUUGCUCAGCCAGUUAUGAAGGUACCUGAAGAACACGAUAUGGAGAGCCAGGUUCGUAAGGAGCGUGAAUGGCGUUUUCUACGCAAUGCCAGGGUCAGGAAGCAAGCACAAUGCCUCAUACAGAAAGGCAUCACUAGGUUGGACGAUCAGAUCUUUAUUAACCGCAAUCCGGGCAUUCCCUCCGUGGUGAAGUUUCAUCCGUUCACUUCCUGUAUUGCAGUUGCAGACAAGGACAGUAUCUGCUUCUGGGAUUGGGAGAAAGGUGAGAAGCUGGACUACUUUCACAAUGGUAACCCGCGAUACACCCGGAUUACAGCUAUGGAGUAUCUGAACGGGCAGGACUGCUCUCUGCUGCUGUCUGCCACAGAUGAUGGCGCCAUACGAGUAUGGAAGAACUUUGCUGAUCUAGAGAAGAAUCCGGAGAUGGUCACCGCUUGGCAGGGGCUGUCUGACAUGCUGCCAAGUACACGAGGAGGCAUGACACGACGAGUCUCCAUAUACCUUGACCGUAGUAAACAAGGAGGGGCAGGGAUGGUUGUAGACUGGGAGCAGGAGACGGGACUACUGAUCACAUCUGGGGAUGUCCGCAUUAUCCGAAUAUGGGACACAGACCGAGAGAUGAAGGUGCAGGACAUUCCCACAGGAGCGGACAGCUGUGUGACCAGCUUGUCGUGCGACUCUCAUCGCUCCCUCAUUGUGGCCGGCCUGGGGGAUGGCACUGUUCGUGUCUUUGACCGCAGGAUGUCACAGAACGAUUGCCGUGUCAUGACGUAUCGUGAGCACACUGCUUGGGUGGUGAAAACCCAUCUCCAAAAAGAGACAGACGGGAACAUCUUGAGUGUCAGCGUCAAUGGCGACGUGCGAUGCUUCGACCCCCGGAUACCUGAAUCAAUAAGUACGCUACAGAUUGUCAAAGGCCUGACUGCACUUGACUACCAUCCACAGGCCAACCUGUUUGCUUGUGGUUCUAUGAACCAGUUUAUUGCCAUUUACAAUGGUAGUGGAGAGUUGAUAAGUAACAUCAAAUACUAUGAUGGAUUCAUGGGCCAAAGAAUUGGAGCCAUCAGCUGCUUAGCUUUCCAUCCGCACUGGCCUCACUUAGCCGUCGGAAGUAACGAUUACUACAUGUCUAUAUAUUCGGUGGAGAAGCGUGUGAGAUAGCCACUGGAAGGAGACACAGGGAAUGGCCUCUUGGCUUCCUCUCGUAAUCUUCCUUAGUUUUUUUGGGACAAGACUCUUGACCUUGCGUGAUGAUAACAUUCGAAUGCUGCUUCUUAGAACCUGAAGACCUCUCUGAAUGAAAUAAGUUAAUGAACCAAUACCAGAUACCAGAACUGUACAAAGGUUCCCCCUUCUCCUCCCGUCUACUCCUCAUUCUGAUUUUGUUUUUGUUGAUUUUUUUUUUUCUUUUUAAACAGCCAAUCAGAGGGUGGAGCUCUGUAUAUCUUUAUGACCAUUUGAUAUUUGGCAUAGCGGGCAGGAUUAUUAUUAUUUUUUUAACUGUGAUGUAUUGUUUAAAUCCUGCUGCUGCCACGGCUGAUCCAGGACCUGCUCUUGCUUCCAUUUUGAGGGCACGCGGGUGGUAGGCUUUCGGUAAAUGAGUCCUUUUGUGCCAAUGAAAGGGCACCUCCCGGAAGGAUGGGUAAAGGGGCUGACAAGUGAUCUCGGAGCCUCUGCGCACACAGAGUCCUAACUUCCCUGUGUGAUUAUGGUGGCUUUUAACCAAACCAGCAGUUACUAUUUCAUGGAAGUGGCCACAGCCAACAUCAAUUAAGAGCUCCCUUUUAUCUUUGUAAUUCAUUUGUACAGGGAAAGUAAUUGGGGGGCGGGUGGGGGGUAUAGGAGUAUUGACAGAGGCAUUUUAUCACUGCAUUAAAAUAGCUGCUGCAUUUCAUUUAUGGAGUAAUAGGACUAAGUCCUUUCACAUCUGACCAGAAGGUGUCAGCUGUAUUAAUGGGAGCAUUGUGCAGUCAGAUACGUUUUAUGACUACUAGUGUUAUAUUAACACGGUGCGUCUCAGACUAGAAUGCGUCCUCGGCCACAGGGUCCCAUUUUAACCACAAAUGCUUCCAUACAGCUUGGUGGGUGUUUUAUAAGGCUAAGAAUCACUAAGGGAUGAUCAUGCUGCAUGGGGCCCAAAUGGAGCCCAGUAUCCAACACAUUAAUUACUAAACCCCUUUUUUUCUUUUUCUUUUUCUUUUUCUUUUUUUUGUGACAUGAGUCUUUUUAACCCCCUGUGCACCACAAUUCACUAUCAGAGCUCCGGCUCCGUGACCUGUAUAUCCAGACACAUUGCACUGUCAUCAAAUCCUCCUUGUUUUCCAGACUAGGCUUUUUGUUGUUUACACUAUUUUAACUAAAAUCUCAGAUUUUUUUAAGAAAAAGAAAAAAAAUAAAAGAAAUGGAGACAGUUUUCCAGAAACUAGAGGAGAGUGCAGUUGAUAAAAAAAUAUAAAAAAAAAGCGUCCUACUCCCGCCAUCUGGAACGUGGUUGUGGUGAUGGGAAUGACAUAUAUAUAUAUAUAUAUAUAAUAUAUAGACAUGUAUAGUUUUUCUUCAGACCAUGCAUCAACUUUUCACCUAUUUAUUUUAACACCAAGAAGAGAGGAGGUUGCGUCCUAUAGGAAUGUGUGGGAUUACAGGAGGAACACGCAUUAAAUAUUAUUAAAA